AUGGGUGUUAUUAUCGAGACUCUUACCCCCGGUGACGGUAAAAGCUUUCCCAAAAAAGGCGAUAGAGUGACGAUGCACUACGUGGGUACUCUCAAAGACGGUUCGAAGUUUGAUUCGAGCCGGGAUCGAGGACUUCCUUUCGUGACGGAGAUAGGUGUUGGAAAGGUGAUCAAGGGAUGGGACGAGGCUGUGCCUCAACUAUCACUUGGGCAAAAAGCCCUCCUCGUGGCUACAGCUGACUAUGCUUAUGGUUCUCGCGGGUUUCCACCCGUGAUACCUCCAAACUCAACUCUCACUUUCGAAGUCGAGCUUUUGAAGAUUAACUGA